CUCAUUUCCUUAAUUAUAUUAUAUGUAUUAACUUCAAUAUUCAUACUACAAGUCUACAACUUUAGUACUAAUUCCAUAAGUGUUUCAUGUAAUUAUGACAUUUCUUGGUCUUCUCCUUUUACCGUUGCUUCUUAGCUUCUUAUCAUCUCAAGCAUUAGCAAGGAAAUUUGAUGUUGGUGGCAGAGAUGGUUGGGUUGUGAAACCUUAUGAAAACUACAAUCAUUGGGCACAGAGGAAUAGAUUUCAAGUAAACGACACUCUUCAUUUCAAAUAUAUAGAAGGGUCUGAUUCAGUGUUGGCAGUGAAAGAGGAGGACUACAAUUCUUGCAACACCAAUAGUCCCAUGGAAAAGAUGGAUGAUGGGGACUCCAUUUUUCAUUUGAACAAUUCAGGUCCAUUUUUCUUUAUUAGUGGCAGCACUCAAAACUGUCAGAAUGGCCAAAAGCUUUUCAUCAUCGUUAUGGCUGUUAGACACCAUAAUCCUCCUCCACCCACUCCGGUUGCGCCGUCAUCCGAGGCACCGAGCUUGCCACCUCAGCAAAUUGACCCAUUCAGCUUCAGUUCCCCUGGUCCUUCUCCAUCUAAUGAACCAUCAAGCUCUACAAGAUUUGGUGGUUUUAGUACAAGUGUGGGAGUGGGAGUUUGGGUGAUUUUGAUAUUCACUAGCUUUAUAGAGCUAGUUUAGUUUUUAAUAUGCUGUUAUGUGACUUAUGAUUCCAUAUUAAAUAAAUAUCUUCCUUUAAUCUA